AAGAAACAAAAUUACAAACAAGAGGGAACCGAAAGAAAGAGAUGAAAAAUUAAGUAACGCUAUCCCACCAGAGAGACAGAGAGAAGGAUGGUGGUGGCGAAUGCGUGUGGCGCUGCGGCAGCAGCGGCGGCUACGACGACCCUUCUCCGGCCGUCUCCGUCGCGGGAGGCCCGCCACCUCAGCCUCGCUGGCCCGGCACUCCGCCGGUCCAUCCUCAGGGCCGAGCGCGGCUCUCCGUCCCUCUCCUGCCGCUGCAGCAACUCCGCCACGACAAGCGGCGGAGACGAUGGUGGCCACUGGGACUGGAAUCGCUGGAGCCGACAUUUCUCCGACACCGACCUGGCCGAGAGCCUCUCUUCCGCGCUCAAGUUUCAACUCCAAGAAGCUGUAGAGAAGGAAGACUUCUUCGAAGCUGCCAAGUUAAAGAGAGCAAUUGAAGAAGCAACAUCAAAGGAUGUUGUGGCUGAAGUUUUAUCAGCGUUGAAGAAUGCUAUAAAAGAGGAGCGUUAUCAUGAUGCAUCAAGAUUGUCUAAGCUUGCUGGCAGUCGAUUGAUUGGUUGGUGGGCAUGCUGGGCAGAAGAUUUCGAUGAUCCUUUUGGUAGAAUAGUUCAGAUAACCCCUGCUUUUGGUAGAUAUGUGGCUAAAAGUUACAGUCCAAGACAACUGCUAAAUGGAUCUUCAGGAUCUCCACUGUUUGAAAUUUUUAUUGUCAGAGAUGAUGAUGGGGUAUACAAAACACAAGUAGUAGCCCUGCAGCGAGUGACAGAAAACUUAACCCAGUUCCCUUCGUUAGUGUCAAAAACUAUAGAUCGUCCAGCUGCAUCUUCCUCCAAGUAUUCGUCCACUGAAAUAAAUCCAACUAGGGAGGUUGCUGCAGAUAAUAGUGAUGAUGAUACAGCAGAGAAGAGAGAGAAAAGUGCAACAGAGAUGAGCAGCAAAGAUAACAUAAACAAUGAAGAUUCUAGUGAAGAAGUUCUAGACACUAUUAUAAAUUUUCUGAAGGAAAGAAUUCCUGGCUUUAAAGUUAAAGUAGUGAAUGUCACUGUGCCAGAUGAAAUUAAGACGGACACAGAAUCACUGGAGCAGUUAGUGAAGGAAGAUGAUGAGAAAAAUGCUUCAAGCAAAGAUACAAAAUACGAAGAUAGAAAAUCAGAAAAUAUUCAGGGCAAAAUGUUCUCAGCUGAUGGGGAUUCUGACUCAAAUGAAACUAAAGAUACUGCACAAGUUUUUGUUGGUGGAGUUACUCAUAACAAAGAAGAUGACUUGUCAAAGUCAUACAUGCGUGUUCCAGCAGAAAUGGAUGAUGUGAAAAAGGAUUCGUUCUUUCUACAUAUUCGUGGAAAAAGUGUUGAGACAGGUGCUGGAGCACUGAAGCCUUCUAAGGUCAGGGUUGCAGCUGUAGCUGCUCAAUCAGCCUCAGAUAUUAUGCCUUCUGAUCUUGCAAAAGCAAUUUUGAGUGGAGAUAAAUCUAUUUCAAAGGUCUCCAAAGAAGUUCGGGAGGUUAUCAAGCUUGCAUUUAGCCAUGCUCAGAGAAGGAACAAACUAUCCAAGACUACCUUUUUCAAUCGGAUCAUCAGUGACAAUAGGGGUUUGGAUCCAUUUGAAGGCUUAUAUGCUGGAGCUUUUGGUCCAUAUGGUACUGAGGUGGUACACCUGCGACGCAAGUAUGGUAACUGGAACGAUGUAAAUGGAUUGAAUUCAGAUAUGAAUUUCUUUGAAUACGUUGAAGCAAUAAAAUUGACUGGGGACCUAAAUGUUCCUGCUGGACAGGUAACUUUUCGUGCUAAAAUUGGCAAGAAAUAUCACCUCCCAAACAAGGGCUUGUAUCCAGAGGAGCUUGGCGUGGUUUCAAUUUACAAAGGCCAGGGUAGAAUUGCAGAACCUGGAUUUAAGAAUCCGCGAUGGGUUGAUGGUGAAUUACUCCAGUUAAGUGGCAAGGGGUUGGGGCCACAUAUCAGAGACAUGUUACUUGGGUUUCUCUAUGUUGUACCUGAGCAGAGUUUCCUGGUGCUGUUCCAGCCGCUGAGGCUUCCAGAUUAGUAGUGCUGCCGAAGUCCGGCCUUUUGAGUCACGGGGUCAAAGAGUAAACAUGUCAUCAGCUCCCAUGCAGUUCUUCAAUGUCAGAUAUCGAGGAUUUUUCACACUCCAACCUGCAUGUUCAGAGUUUUCCUUUGUGUUGUCUACAUGAGGGAAUUAGGCUACUGUGUUUUUUUUGUCUCACUGACCAUUUCAGUGAAACUUUUUUGCGGUGGAUGUAGCUCCACUCUAUUGAUGAUGCUGAUAGGAGCGUCAAAACUUGAUUCCCAUGAACAUCUUUAGCUGACAAGUUUUCAGCAUCAUUCCGAUCUUUCAAGUCCACAAGUUCCUCUUUAUUAUUCA